GUACCUUCGUUACUUUGCUGGGGUUUUUCGGCUUUUUCUUUGGCCGACACCCCUCUUGGAAAUGUCCGGCCGAGGCAAGCAGGGCGGCAAGGCGCGCGCCAAGGCCAAGUCGCGCUCCUCGCGGGCCGGCCUGCAGUUCCCCGUGGGCCGCGUGCACCGCCUGCUCCGUAAAGGCAACUACUCGGAGCGGGUCGGGGCCGGCGCCCCCGUGUACCUGGCGGCCGUGCUCGAGUAUCUGACGGCCGAGAUCCUGGAGCUGGCGGGCAACGCGGCCCGCGACAACAAGAAGACGCGCAUCAUCCCGCGCCACCUGCAGCUGGCCAUCCGCAACGACGAGGAGCUCAACAAGCUGCUGGGCCGCGUGACCAUCGCGCAGGGCGGCGUCCUGCCCAACAUCCAGGCCGUGCUGCUGCCCAAGAAGACCGAGAGCCACCACAAGGCCAAGGGCAAGUGAGGCUGCGGAGGCGGGCUGGCAGCGGCCGUGCGCCCCGGGCGCCCCGUGACACCAAAGGCUCUUUUCAGAGCCACCCACAGUCUCGAGAAAAGAGCCGCACUGAGCACGCAUCCUUUCCUUGUUUCAGGACUGCGUUCUCGCGGGCGCACGGGGAGCCGGGCCCGGGGCACGAUCCGGGCGAGCCCACGCGCGCGGUGGGCUCCCGCGUCCGUUUGCCGCAGGAAAUGCCAGCGGACACGUGUCUGCCGUCUGCCUUUGAAUGUCAUCCCCACGCCUCGGGCUCGGUCCGGGUCAUCGUGAGGGUAUCUGUUCCUGCGGCUGACCGCUGCCUUCGGCUGCGCAGAGUGUCGUGCGGUCACGUCUAGACGCCAAGUACAGGCUGUUCUUUUCCCGGGCCCGGAUAACCGGGCAGUUUCACCUGGUUUUGAAAAUACGUACUGUGUAGGGAGAAUCUGCUUUUUGAGGUUCUGCUACGUAAACCUUAUGAUUUACCUUUAAAAAUGGAAGGGUGCUUGACUGAUUGCAUGUUGCAAAGUUCUGGAAACCGGUGCUUCGGAGUUACGAGCUAAUGUGGAGAUUAAGAUCUUGGAAAGGGUUUUUGCUCUAGAGGCGUUUGCAACAUUUAAAAGAAAGUCGUUUUUAAGGGGAGGGUAAACUUUAUGACGAUUUAAGAGAAUUUAAAUUACUCAAUUUGGGUUGGCCAAACAUGAAUCCGAGUCCCUUAACCUGAUAGCUAAAAUUAGGGACUAGAAUAAUUUGUCUAUUGAGUUUGGUCAGGAAAACUAGGUUUGUGAAUUUAGUUACGGGUACAGCGAACAUUGUUAGGGUCAGAUUAUGUAAUACAUAUGUGGCUAUUUCAGAAGAGGACUGUUCAUGAGCUGCAUAUUGUGUAAUAAACGGGAGCUGGACAAUCCCAGGGGUCCUGGCAACGUGAUGAGAAUGUACAUAGCACCCACCUCAUGGGGGAGGAGGGAUUAAGUGGUUGAUUCAUAAUAAUUCCUUUAAAACAAUGUCUGGCACAGAGAGAGCCUGAUAACUGUUGUUGUUCCUACUGUCAUUAUCUAUUGUUUUCAUUACUUUUUUAUAGCAAUAAAGACAGGCAGGUAAGACAA